AUGGCUUCCUACGAAGAUGACACGUGUGCCACAUCGGCCGAUUUUCUCGAGGAUGUAGACAUGGACGAUCUGGACCAUGGGACGAGAGAAGGACAAGGCGAUCGACUUCUGCCAGGCCAUAAUGAGGUAGAUGACGAGAAGCUUGUUGAGGUCAAUGGUGUACUCUACAAGGAGGAAUGGCAUCUGCGCCCCAUCUGGGGGAUCCUCGCGUCGAUUUUGGUGGUAUUAACCACCUUCUUCGCACUGAUUGUACUUGCCCGGACCUUUAUUAUCCAUAAAGACGUAUUGGAAGAGUCAGUGGAAAUCCAGGGGCUUGGAGGCUUUCGACGGCCGCCAACCGAUUAUAUAUUGGAUCCGGCUUGGAAUUUUGAUGCGCCAAAGCAACGAAGAGAAUACAAAUGGACCUUGACAGAUAUUGUUGGAAACCCGGAUGGCGUUUUUCGUCCCAUGUUGACCGUGAACGGAAUGUUUCCGGGUGAGAUGAUUGAGUGCAAUGUUGGGGACACCAUUGUUAUCCAUGUGGACAAUCAGAGCAAAAAUGCAAGUUCAAUCCACUUUCAUGGACUUUUCCAAAAUGGCACGAAUUAUAUGGACGGGGCGGCUGGGGUCACGCAAUGUCCUAUCGCACCUGGCCGCAAGUUUCGAUACGAAUUCACCAUCACCGGCCAGCAUGGCUCAUAUUAUUAUCAUGGCCAUCAAGCCGUGCAGGCCUCAGACGGGCUGUACGGACCUUUGAUAGUUCAUUCCCCAGAGGAGAGAAAACUGCAAAAAACCCCAUACGCUUCGGAUCGAGUUUUGAUGUUGCAAGAUUACUACCAUGAUAUGAGCAGUGGGCUUUUGGCCAGCUCGCUGGAACCUGGUAGCGAGUCUUCUCCAAUCCCAGAUGGAGCUCUGAUCAAUGGUUUGAAUAAAAGAGACUGUUCCAAGCUUCCUCAUCGGAUGUGUGACAACUCUACGUGCACAUCACCACAGUUUGAUUUGGCCACCAACGAGAAUCAUCGUCUACGGCUUAUCAACGUAGGUGCUUUUGCUUGGUUUCAAGUGUCUAUUGAUGAGCAUCAAUUUAAUAUUACAGAAGUUGAUGGAACUGACAUCAUGCCCGCCAACGAUACAAGAUUGAUGAUCGGCCCCGCUCAGCGGUAUAGCAUCAUCUUGAAAGCAGAUCAAACAUCUAGCAAUUCGUUUUGGCUCCGUGCUAGAAUGGUAUCUCAUUGUUGGUCGAAUCCGGAACUACCUGGCCCAGGAGCAGAUGAAGUAAUGGCCGCUAUACAGUACAUCCCAGCAGGAAAAAGGAGAAAUAAAAAAGCUGUAAUGGUACAACCGACGUCAAGAGCUCGGAGGCAGGGAAUGGAAGUUGAAUGUAGAGACAUGAAUACGACUACUUAUAUUCCUACAGAAUUUCUACCGGCACCGGCUUAUGCAGACCAUAGUUAUUACCUUCGGUCUAACCUUGAGAUUGGCGACUGGAGACUUGAACGAGGAUUUUUUAACUCAUCCACCUUUCGUCCGAAUCUCCAACAACCAACUUUACACCGAUCUGUGGAUGGACUAAGCAGCAGAAAUGAAUCAUUUAUAGCGAGCACUGAGAUAAACGGAGUCAACUCUGUAGCGUACGAUUUGAAAAACGAUUUCCUGAUCCAACACUAUGGAGUCAAGACUGUGGAUGUCAUUAUCCAGAAUUUUGAUGAGGGAAAUCAUCCCCUACACCUUCAUGGCCAUAAAUUUUGGAUUCUAGGUCAGGGACAUGGCAUGUUUCCUGGUUAUGAGUCCCUAGGACUGAAACCAGAGGGAAAAGGUGUUGCUGAAGGGUGUGAGGGAGUGUUGGAUAACCUGAUGCGGCGGGAUGUUGCAACGGCCGAAGGGUUCGGUUGGUUGGCGUUCAGGUUUAUUGCAGAUAACCCUGGUGUAUGGGCUUUCCAUUGCCAUAUGGCGUGGCAUUCCGAGGCUGGUCUUUCCAUGCAAUUCCUGAGCCGAGUUGAUGAAGUUGCCCAAUGGCGAAUUCCCGAGGCCAAUCGUGAACUGUGUUCUGCGAAGAUCGAGGAUUUGGAGAAGGGAGCAGCACCAAAGGACAGUCAGUGGUUUGGAUUUGGUAUUGGUGGUUGA